AUGGUCGACCCCACAAACCCCGAGACUCAGACUCCUGCAGUCCCCCAAGUCUACCCAGGUCGACCUUCACCGCUGUCGCAAUACCCCCCCGCCAUGGAUCCAGCGUCGCUUGACGUGAAAGCCCUUGCUGGUAUGGUCCAUAAUGCCAUCAAUAAUCUCCUCCACGAUCCUAAGUACAACCCUUGGACUGCGGAGUCUUACAAGGAGGCGGCAGCACGUAGCAGCUACCGACUUAGUGAACUAAAGCGGUUCCAUGGCGAGGUCAAGAAAGUCCAGAACAAGUAUACGCUGGAGAUGGCCACCGUGGUCUCCCGCCUUCUUAGGCUUGAGGGCAUGUACCCAUUCCUGCCACGCGGAACUGAUGGGAACCGGUACAUACACCCGAGUAAGAUCGCUGUGCCGAAUGACAGAACCUCCGAGAUCGUCGAUGUUGGCAAUGGAUUUGCUUCCCUCUCUAUCAACACUCCAAAUACUAGAGCUACAGAAGCGCAAAAGAAGCCCUUCACCCCGAUCGACCUAGACGCAAUCAUGCGGGGUGAGGCAGAUGCGCACCCUGGUCCAGUGUCUGCUCCAUUGCCCUUCAAUGACCCAUCCCAGCCGCCAGUGUUUCUGAACACUCCUCACUACUCGGCUAACACUGGAGGUGGAACCGCUGCGCAUGGUGCUGGAAUGCUCAUGUCGAAUUGGACAAUGACUGGGAAUGGAGUCAAUCCCAACGGCACGGCGGCCAACCACAAUUCCGCCACUGGCACCAUUGAAAGUGGUUUGAACUCCGCACCGCUUACCAGCGCGACCCAACAACCCGGCAUUCCACUGCCGUCCGCAACGGCCCACGAGCCGAUGAAUUCCGCGCCUAUGCAUUCCGCGCCUCUGCAUUCGAACCCCCUUGACGACCCUUCUGCUCCUCCCACCCCAGUCCUCAGCACCGUUGGCCCAUUCCCGCACGUCCCAACAUAUGCCGAAUCCCUUUACUGGAUGCAGCCCGACAUCGCCAGCCAGCCGUGGUGGAACGAAGGAAUUCGCGCAGUGAAGGCUCAGAACAUGCUGAGGGAGCAGGAAGCCCAGAUCUUCAUCAACAGGAUGCUCAUGUUUGCGACGGAGAAGGAGGUCAUCGACGCGAUCAUGUGGAGCCAAGAGACCCGGAAGGGGGCGGAGAUGCGUCACCUGAGCGUCAAUCCCCCGGCGAAGUAG